GCAACGUGAAGCGUUCUCAAGCAAGAUCGCGGAAAAUGAGCGCUGCGGACAACAACAUCGAAAAGGAACCGGAAAUUUUAGUCUCGGAAGAAUACUUAAAAUGUGAAGUUUCUGUUGAUGACGAGUGUACCUUCACAGAAGAGGAAGAUGAUCUGGAGGAGACUGUAAACGCCGUCCAGGGGCAUUCAGGAGCCACUGCUGGAGCCAUUUCAGUCACCUCCUCCAACACGCCCAAAUCACCACCUGUGGUCGAUUUUGUGCGAAACUUUCUUUUCAACGCAGGAAUGUCAGACACUCUUCACUGUUUUCAAACGGAGUGGUAUGAGAUGAUACAGAAACGGCUUGUGGAUGAAGAUCGGGUCGAUCUAGUUCCGGACGUUUACUUCCAAAACCAGCGUCUGGAGAGCGAGCUGGAGAGCGCCCGGUUGGAGACGGAGGAGUCCAGGCGGACAGCCUCUGCAGCAGCUGGGGCCCUGGAGAGGCUCCAGAGAGCCGCAGACGUGGAAAGACUGCGGCUGAAACGCCUGAUCCAAGAGAACAAAAUACUCAGUGAAGAGUGCAGAAAACUCCGGAUGAAAUGUGAAAAACUCCAACCCACAGUGCAGCAGAGGAUGAAUGAAAAGCAUCUGGCUGCUCGGAAGGAGCUCUUAUGGGUGACUGCAGAGAAAGACAAAAGUAUCUUGCAGCCACAAGUAGCCCAACAAAGGUCUUCCUCUGCGGAGUCAAACAAGACAAACCCACGAAGUGGAGUCAGCAAAGCUGCCCACAUUUAGGCCUCUAUAUGCUCCUCUUUCUAAAGCAUUCAGGCUGGAUCACGAAUAAAAUCACUGUAAAAGAAUGAA